UCCCUCCCUCCCUCCCUCCCGCCGGGCGGCCCGCAGGGAGGCGGCGGCGGCGGAGCCCGAGCGACCCGCCGCGAAGGAGGAGGAGGAGGCGGCGGCGCGAGAGAGGUGAACCUUUCCUUUGAGACCGCCUAAUCCUGGCUUGGCCUUCCCUCCGUCAUGGCUACGGAAGAGAAGAAACCUGAUGCGGAGUCAGCCAAACCGCAGUCGGCUCCUUCCUCCUCAACCAAUCAGAGCAAGCCUGCGCCUGUGAAACCGAACUAUGCCCUGAAGUUCACAUUGGCAGGACACACCAAAGCUGUCUCCUCCGUAAAAUUCAGUCCCAAUGGGGAGUGGCUGGCUAGUUCUUCGGCUGAUAAGCUGAUUAAAAUUUGGGGUGCUUAUGAUGGCAAGUUUGAAAAAACAAUGUCUGGACAUAAACUGGGAAUCUCUGAUGUUGCCUGGUCAUCUGAUUCUAACCUUCUUGUCUCUGCCUCCGAUGACAAAACUCUCAAAAUUUGGGACGUCAGCUCGGGAAAAUGCUUAAAAACUCUGAAGGGGCACAGCAACUACGUCUUCUGCUGCAAUUUCAACCCUCAGUCAAACCUCAUCGUCUCAGGAUCGUUUGACGAAAGCGUCAGAAUCUGGGAUGUCAAAACGGGGAAGUGCCUGAAAACGCUGCCAGCCCACUCGGACCCCGUUUCUGCCGUGCAUUUUAACCGCGACGGCUCCCUGAUCGUGUCCAGCAGCUACGAUGGUCUGUGCCGGAUCUGGGACACGGCUUCCGGCCAGUGCUUGAAAACGUUGAUUGAUGACGACAAUCCGCCUGUGUCAUUUGUGAAAUUCUCUCCAAAUGGCAAAUACAUUCUAGCAGCAACUCUGGAUAACACUCUCAAGCUUUGGGACUACAGCAAAGGGAAGUGCCUCAAGACCUACACAGGCCACAAGAACGAGAAGUAUUGCAUCUUUGCCAACUUUUCAGUUACUGGCGGGAAGUGGAUCGUGUCUGGUUCGGAGGACAACCUGGUUUACAUUUGGAACCUCCAAACGAAAGAGAUUGUACAGAAGCUGCAAGGGCACACAGACGUCGUGAUCUCCACGGCUUGCCACCCGACCGAAAACAUCAUUGCCUCUGCAGCCCUAGAGAACGACAAGACGAUUAAACUGUGGAAGAGUGACUGUUAAGUGCUUUGGGCACCGGCAUCCCGUGGAGACUGUUGGGGGUGGGGCUGUCCAUAGAAUUGGAGGGUAUUUCGUGUUUGUGUUUUUUUAAAAAAGGAAAGGAGAAGGAAAACUACCCACAUUUCACAGCCGCAGUAGCAGGAAACCCAGAGCGAGGUUAAGAGGGGCAGCCUCGGCUGGCGGGAGAAGCAAAGCGCCUGGCCCUCGGGCGGCUUUCCCAGAGAAGGCGGGUCCCCCUGCUUGGAGUGGGGGGGCGGUGUUCGGUUCCCCCGCAUCGAGAGAGAAUCUUAUCAGGCUCUUAUCUAAGGCCCAGCCCUUCAGCGGAAGAGCCCGGGGGUUAUCGAUAGGCCUCCUGAGGGAAUAUUUUCAUGGCGACCAAAUCCAUGUGCCCCGUUGUGGUCCCUUCCCUGUUUUCCAGAGCCUUCCCGCCUGCUGUGACGCGCUCUGAUGGAUGCUAUUGCGGUGAAAAUCUUCCAAGGCUUUUUUUCCCCCUCUUGUCCUCCCCC